GACGGCAGGGAGCAGGGAGCAGGAUGAAGUGGUGAUGGAUCGGGGGCGUGAACGAGAGGACCGCGGUGCCGACGAUAAGAAGCUCUUGGAUAAGGAUGAUUUUGACCCGGAUAUUUUCCUCAAAUUGAAGCUUGCCAACUCUACCGAAUACGAGCUGAAGUCUCUCCAGUCAUCGCUCCGAAAUACGAAGGAUGAUACCGCUUCCGAGUUGCAGCGGAAUGUGUUCAAGAAUUAUGCGGAAUUCGUGCUCAUCUCGAAAGAGAUCUCGACUCUGGAGAACGAAGUGCUCGAGUUGAAAGAAUCCCUGUCCGAAUACAAGUCGAUGCCCUCCCUACUCAACAUCCCCGAUCCGACGGCCACAACUUCCGCCGGCCUCUCAUCCUACCGUCGUUCCUCCGUCGCUGACUUGCGUAUCAUGUACUUCAAUCAGAUGCAGACCCUGCACUCACAAAUCGAGGGCUCAGCCAAAUUCGCACCGACCACACCAGGCCGACACGUUGUUGCCGAGUUCGAGAACGUGAUUGGCCUCAAUGCUGCGACAUAUAAGGCGACUGGGAAGGUCAAGUUUGUGGUGCUGGACGAUGCUGUUCUCGUGGCCCGAAGACGCCGGCGGGGUGGUGACGGCGGUACCUUGCGCGAAGGAAAGCUCGUAGCGGAGCGCUGCUGGCCUUUGAACGACAUGCUCGUUCUUGACACCAAGGACUCGCCGAGUAUGACGAACGUCUUGAAGAUUCGACAGGGAAAGGAGACCCAUGUCUAUCGCACCGAGACACCCGGGGAGAAGAAGGCUUUGCUGACCCAGUUUCGCUUGGUCGCAGAAGAACUUGCCGCCAAGAAACGCAAGGAACGCGAGGGCGAGCAUGAGCGACGGAAAAGCAUGUGGAACGGUGGUCCAACGGGCGACUCGGAUCGGCCUCCGUUGCCUGAUUGGAUGGCAGAUCUCGCGCGGAGAGCGGGGGACACCGAACAAGUCAGCGAUGCGAAGGAAAAGGCCGAACGAGAUGGGCGAUGGGCGACCGAAUGGGCAGACAAUCUCACUGUGUCUAUUGCCCUGCGUGAAUGGGAAAAAGCGACAGAGCUGGUCGAGUCAGGCAAAUCCCAGCUCGCGACGAACACUCUGCUCGCCUCGAAACUUCCUCCGCUCACAGCGCAGCUGACGUCUGCUCUGUUGGGGUCGCUAGCCUCCCCGACCAAUCGCAAGAGCUCUGUGGUUUCUCUGAUCUCGCUGUUGCUUCGGCUCAACGCCGGGCCUGCUGCUCGCACAGCGUUCCUCAAAAUGCGCACAGCAGUGAUGCAAAGUCACGUGCGGCGGAUCCGAUUCGAGGGACAUGUUGGUGCAUACGUCGGGGAUCUGGCUGUCGUGUACUUCACCGGUAUCAAACACACUGCGGACUGGUUCUUGGCCAGCUUUAAAGAGAACGAAGUCGCGAGUGCGUUCAUUGACUGGGCCAAAACUCAGAUCGAAGAUUACGGGGAACUGUUUAGGACUCAGGUCUAUUCGUCGGAUGUGGAUCCCAAGGUCGUUGACGAGGCCAUGACCAUCACAUAUGCCCAGAGCAAGAAGCUCUUGCAAGAAUACGGCCUCGACUUCCGCUUCCUCUUCAAUGAUGUGCUGUCGGAAAAUCCCAAAGGCAAUAUCCUCGUCCCCACGAAUUUCACGCUGCAAGGCCAUCAAGUGACCAAAGCCCCGCGUCAUGCCCCACCGGCCCUCACCCUUUCGGCGUCUAGCUCUAGCAGCAGAGAUUUGAAGGUCAACGUCACACCGCCUCUCCCGAGCGCACCGCCCACCGCGAGCAGCCCCAUGUUCAGCCCAUCCCCGCCUCUGUCUUCCAGCGGAUCCCGUGAACCACUCACUGCGACCCGGAGUGCUUUCAGAAUCGCGCCUGUGCCACGUGCUAGCUCACCGGCUUUCUCCGAACCGCCGGUCGCGUCUCCCGCCCCCCGGCGUACUCGCUCGCCGCUGCCGACCGGUGGCGGGCCGCGAUCACAGACGCCGUCGGGAACACGUGAGCGGCCGAUGCGAUCCCGUGCCAGUCCUGCGCCCAGUGCUGGGCCGCCACCGCGUAGCUCGAAUCGGCCUGGGAGUGGGAUGACGCCUCCUCGUGUUCCGUCUGCUGCCGUUCCCCAGCGAGAGGGCAUGUUUUAGGCCUGAGGGUUUUUGUAGGAUACCCUGGAAUGUCCUUUUCAAGAAGUAUAUUGAGGUGGAUGCCGGGAUUUGGGACUGAGAGAUCGUCUCUCCGAUCGUCCGAUCCGUCUCUUCUUUCGUCGAUGACGAUCGGUUCCAUAAAUUUUGCAUCGGGGAGUCGCCAGUUUCGACACAAGAUGGACGUGUGCAAUCGGCGGAAAGCGGCGCUUGUCAUUAUUCUCGUGUGGCUCAUCCUGAUUGUCGGGCGGCCCUCUAAAGCAGCACUUGCUCUUGA